AUGCCUGGAUCCCACUCGCACCGCCAACUGGGCAUCGUAUCAGUAGCGCUCAUCACCUACUUCAAUGUCAGCGGUGGACCUUGGGGCAGUGAACCCAUCUUGGUAGCCUGCGGUCCUCUCGUCGGCAUCCUCGCGGUCCUUCUCUUUCCAUGGAUCUGGUGUCUGCCUCUGGCCUUGACGUUCGCUGAGCUCUUCACCGCCUUUCCAACCGACGGCAGUUUCUGCAAAUGGGUCGGCGUGGCCUUUGGUCGACCCAUGGGUUUCCAAGUCGGAUUUUGGUCCUGGACCUCUGGAGUCAUUGAUAACGCCAUCUACCCCUGUCUCAUUGUCGACACGCUCCUGGCGUUAGGUACGGGAGAGAAAAGCGCACUUACUGAUGACAAUGGCGUGUCCUGGUGCAUCGUUGCACUACGGGCAUUGAUUGCCGCACUUUUUAUGUUGCCGACAUUGAGCAGCAUUAAAGUCGUGGGCCACACCCUAUUAGUCAUGGGGGCCUUGAUUUUCCUGCCCUUUGCUGUGCUCGUUGCUUAUGCCGUGCCAUAUGUUCGACCUGCAAAUUGGUUGGUCGUCCGAAAAGACCAAGAAUGGGGACGGCUGCUAAGUUCGUUGUACUGGAAUUACAGUGGGUUUGAUGCAGCAGGGGCAUAUGCAGGCGAGAUCCAAUCGCCAAAAACGACGUACCCAAAAGCAAUGGUGCUAACGGUCGUAAUGAUUGCAUUUACGUACAUCAUCCCGUUUAUCGCCAUUGCUGGAGCGGACAUGCCGCAUUACACGACGUGGGACGACGGCUCCUACUCGAUAAUUGCGCAAACAAUUGGCGGCACGUGGCUCUGCGUCUGGGUAUUAAUUUCGUCCGUCAUCGGGAAUCUCGGUCUCUUUCUUGCGGAAAUGGCCAAGGACGGGUUCCAACUUGCUGGGAUGGCGGACUCGGGCCUGGCACCGCCGUACUUUGCUCAACGCCACCCUGAUACUGGCGUGCCGCGUCGAGCCAUCCUGUUGGCUUUUUUCGUGAUCAUCUUCAUGGGCAUGUUCGACUUCGAUACCAUCUUAGGCGUGGACAAUUUUUUGUCGGCACUGUCGUCACUCGUUGAGAUGAGCGCUGCUGUGCGUAUGCGCUUCUCGCAUCCUGAAAUUGAUCGGCCGUACCGCGUGAACUUGUCGGACCGUUCCCUGGUGGUGUCCAUGGUAUUGCCUUUCACACUGGGCGUUUUCAUCAUGAUGAACGAAUUGACCAAGUCCUGGAGCAGUUUCUCACUCAAUGUAGUCGCGCUUCUCACAGGCUACCUCGCUCAGAAGUAUAUCGAGCGGCAUCCAUACCACGAGUACUCGAAGGUGCUUGAAGCAUCACUUACUUGA